CCCGACACCCAGAAACACCUCCCAGUCACGACGAUGAAGCGGUGUACCGUUGGGAGGCAUCACAAUAAUAUGACCUAUUUAAUCUAUCUGACCUAUCAAAUUGAAAAGUUUGCUUGUGUUUUUGCAGAGCUAUCAGUUUGAUCUCAGCAUCUCUGGUGCACGAACUGUGCUGGUGGUGGUGCCGAAUACGAUUCUUGUCGAAGUGGUAAUGCUCGUCAUUGCCAUGAAGCUUCGAUUUUAUCUGAGGAAUAAACGAAGACAUAUAAGACAUGGAUUAACUCCGAUAAAAUGUAGGAGAAUUAAAGAGUUGAUAAUUUCCAGAAAACUGGGCCAUGAGCUUAACUUCGUUAAGCACCUUAGUGAUGAUUGA